AUGGAGAGAACAAAGCAAGAAAUGGAGAGUUACAAGGAGGAAAUGGAGAGAACAAAGCAAGAGAUUAAUGCGCUUAAAUCUCUUCUUAGUGCAUCCAAUAUUACAUCCUCUCCACUGUCGGACAAAGACAGUUGUCCAGUAGAGAAAGCAGCACAUAACCAAGGAGCGGUUAUACCAGCAGCUGCACCAACUUUGAGGGAGGAGUUGAUUGUUGAUGUCGAUAUUGAAUAUGUUGGUGGGGACCCCCCUCCACCCGCAAAGAAGGGUCCGCGAUCCUGUGAGUUGUCUGUAGACAACAUAGAAAACAAGGUUGCAUUCGGCACGAUUUUUGAUGAUAUAGAAUUGAAUACUGUAGUUCAUGGUGUGCCUAUCCAGCCUGGACAUGUUCGUGUUGCGGUGGACGGAGCCAUCCAGGGAGAUGCCUUACUUCCUGUGCCAGUAGAGGGUGAACUAGAGACUGUGAAACAAGCAAUUGGUUCUAUGGUUUCUUGGCCAGAGGACUUGAUCACUAUUCCACCUGCUGUGAAAACAAGAAAGGAUGCAUCGAAGAAAAAAGACAAAAUUGAGAUGCGAAAUGUGGUUGCUAAGUUUAAGAAAGUGGAGGUAGCUAACAGUGUGCCCAAUGGUUUUAACUUGUUGUAUAAACAUGCAACAACCAUAAUGAAAGAGACUGGGGACUCUAUUGCAAUUCCAUGUGACGUUGAGGUGUUUGGUUGUGAUAAGGUUAUCUACAUAUUGCAUGAGAAUUUAAUUGCUUUAUUAAAAUUUGAAGAGAUUGGCCAAGCUGCAAUAACAGCACAUAUGUCUUACUUGCACGGUAUGAUUCGUGAGAAUAAUGAAAUGGAUGUGUAUGGCUUUAUUGAUCCUGGGGCCACAUUUAACCUUAACAAGGAGUUUGAAACUUAUGUUGUUAAGCGGUUGAUGAAUGGCAGCUAUGAUCGCAUGUUCUUGAUGCCGCAUAAUUUCAAUUAUCAUUGGAUUUUGGUCGUAAUUUAUGCUGGUGAAAUUUUUAUCCUCAAUCCUCUGUCGCAUCCAACUCAUUUUCCUCACUUGGAAAAACCAUUAUUAAGUGCAUUUAAGACUUUUAAAGCUCAGACUGGAAGGGGAAACGCUGUUCCUAAAAUUAAAAAUUUGGCUGGAUCUCCUAAGCAACCAGGUGGCCGUGAAUGUGGUUACGCGAUUAUGCGCUAUAUGAAAGAUAUAAUCGAGGAUAAAGAAAUGACUUUUAUAACUAAGUGGGCUAACAAGAGUCGUAAAUCUUACAAGAUGGAGGAGCUGGAUGAGGUUCGUGUAGAGACGCUUGCCUAUAUCCAAGACAAAUUGUGAUAGAUAUGGCCUCCUGUCCAGUAGCUAGUUGUAUAUAUCCUGGUCUGCUCAUAUUUUGGUCUAGUACUUGAUCGAUCUUCAAACAUUAUGCUAUAACAUUUUGUCUAGACAUGUCGUACUUAUGAUUCAGAUCGAUAGGUACUAGUUAAUGAGGUUGGUAGUUUUUGGUUGGUUGGAGAAACUAGUGGUAUUAUUUGGUUGGUAAUUGUUUGGAAUUAUAUAUGUUGGAUGGAUUCUUGAAUGGUACUUUUAGAAGAUAUUGGAUGUUUGGAUGGAAUUUAUAUAAAUGGUGA